GGCGUGCACAAGGGCGUGUUGUCUCUAUUUAAACCGUUGGUUUUGCACGGAUUACACACACACACAGUUACCUGUUAAAGAUUGUCUUGCAACGCGGUCCUACACCAGAACUCCUCCAAAAUGAGCGACAGCAACCCAGUCAACCAGGAAGUGGAGCAGUUCAACAAGCAAAAGCUAAAGAAGACUAACACGCAAGAAAAGAACCACCUUCCAACAAAGGAGGAAAUUGAAGCGGAGAAGAAAGCCAUGCAGCAAGGAAACUGAAGAGAGUCAUGAGUCUCCUUCAAUCGACCCCCCCCCGCUACCUGCUCGUCUUCCAAGCCCAACCAUCCCCACCUCUGCCUCAGUUUUCUGUGCCACGCUGUCUUUGCUUUGAAAUGGUGUUUGGGUUGACGCUAUGGGAAAGAUCUCUGUGACUAAAUUAAGGCAAUGGAUGCAUUUUAUUGUUUUGCAAUGCAGUGUAGAAAAGGGUUGAACAGGGCAUGAUAAACAUUAUACAGGGUGUAGACUUGAGCAAAAAAGGGAGGGGGGGGAAUCAUAAUUUCAACAUUGGAAAUUCAUCAAUCAUGUUAUAUUACUAUACCAUAUGUAUGCCUGUAAAUGGUGCCAUUCAGGAUGUUUUAUGAAAAAGGACAUAAAAGAUGAUAUUGUUUUUAAUAAAAAAAUGUUCAAAAA